UAUUACGAUUGAAAUUCGAAUAUGAUUAUGGAAAAAAUCAUGACUUUUUUUAUAGGCGUUGAUUACCAAUAAAAGUAUUUUUAUUUUGAAUCGAAAUCAGAUUGAAGCUAUCACAAACAGCCACUGAGAAUACGAAAAGCAUCCAUAAAACUAAAUCAAAAUCUUCUUUCAAAUUCCAAAGCUAAACCAACAUAUUUUUUGCAACAAUAUUGUUUGCAGUAUAAAAAAAAUAUGAAAAUUCAUGCGAAAAAAAACGUUUCAAAAGAAUUGAGAGUUUCAAAUAAGUUCAAAAACAAACAUUCAGACAGUUAACGAAAUGAUUCCAGAGUAGCUCAGUUAUGUGAAUGAGCCUUUAUGUGUGUGAGCCUGCAUGUGACAGCAGCUCUCUAUUGAUACAUAGAGCACGUGUAGUGGCGCUCACAUUUGUCUGUUAUCUAUUCGAGUAGUUGAAAUUCCGGUGUUUUCUCAUACGAUUGCAGGAUGAAUGAAACAUUGAAUAUUGUUUCAACCGCGGCAGCGUUGCCGAACAAAAAAUUUGUGCAGCUUCUAAAUGCCUUUGAACACCAUCAAACGUUUAGUCAAAAGGCAGCCCAUGAACUGGAUUUGGUUGUGUCUUUGAUAACAAAUAACCUCAACUCGCAUGACAAAAAGCACGAAGGACUUUUGCUGUUGCGAUCAUUUCUAGUGCAGUGUCAAUUGGACAUAAUCGAACAGAAAGGUAAUCUGUGGCUAUCGUUGUGCACGAAAAUCUGUGCUCAAAAGAAACCAGCGGCAACGGUGUGCUUGGGAUACGAGGUGAUCAGUGAUAUUCUGGUGAAAUCGGUUCACAUCCCUGAUUUGGGAAAGGCCAUCGCAAGCAAUUUAUUGAGUAAAAUCAUUGAGAGUGUGAGUGGCUUACCUCCCGAAUGCCAUUUGGCCACGCUAAAAUGCUUAGAGACAUGCAUGAAAUUGUAUGCUGGGCCAUCAGGUGCUUCACGUGCAAACAUCGAUCGAUUCCUCGGCACAUUCAUCGACAGCACAAAUCAAGCGCUGGUCAUUCAGAGUGGCAAGUGUUUGCUUCAAUUGCAACAAGUCAGAGGCGGCGGUUGUGUUCAAGGUAUAAGCGUGAAAGGAGCUUGGUCGAAUUUACAAUCGCAACUGUUGGGCAGUUUGCACACAGUGUUGAAUCAACUCUUUGCCAAUGCCACUGAAACGUAUGAUGGUUUCAAUUUUGAUGAAGAAAUCACCGCGCUGAAAACAGUCGAAUUGAAUUUAAGCCCCGAACCAAUUCAACGAGCCACUCAACUGCUGACGAGAUUUAAAAAUUUAACCGAUUACCUUCGGAUUGCGCUGUGUGAGCCAUUUCCAGUGACAAAAGCCGUACAGCCUGGUUUAUUGUUUUCCAUUAUUGCCCGUGGUCUAGCGGUCAAUUGUGCAACAUUAGCGAAAAAUGCAAUCACCGACAACAUUGCCAUUGCAGCCAUUUUGCCACAGGUUCAUGGUGCCUUGUUUCGAUUGCUGGAUACGUUGAUUCUGCUAUUGCGUACAAAUUUGCUGCCAUUUGCCAAUCACAUUUGCCAACUGAUUGUUCAAUCGUUGAAAUGGACAUCGUCCGGUAAAGCAUCAGGCUUCAAACGGCCGUACAUCUCAAUACGGCAAGCGGCUUAUCGCACCCUAAGUCUGUGGUGUAAAACGGCCAAAUAUGGAAGUUUGGUGGAAACCAUCGCUGAGGAUUUGAUCAAAUUCAUCAUCCAAGACAUUACGCCGUACCAAAGUGAGGUCACCUUGAAAGUGUUGGCAGGUAGUCGAAAAUAUUUGUCGAAGAAAGCACGUCAAAAGUUGCACAAGGCUCAAAACGAUGCUUCGAACAUUGCUCAAACUCAUUCGAAAUCGUUCAAUCCGCACAAUACGAAAAUUAUUUACACGGACAGUGGCAAUGAACCACUAUGCGAAGCCGCUUUGGCUUGUUUGGUGGAUGUUCUACACGCGGCUGGCUGCUUCAUCAAGCCACUGCAUCAAAAGAUAUUGCAAGAAAAUAUUGUGGUACUUUCGUUGAAUGUGGCCAACGCCACACCGAAAAAGUCGCAUCUUUACUUUGACAAUGGAUGCCGGGCAGGACUUUUUAGCACAUUGUAUGCCUUGACUCAAUCACCGCAUCAUCUUUGCCCACCACCAAUUCAGUAUGCCGCAGAAGUCUUCAAAAUUGCUCAAAUUCACGAUGUCAGAGCGGAAAUAAGAGACAAAUGCAGCGAAUACUUGCGAGGCAUAGAGAAAAUAUUGCAUCCACAGAAGGAAAUCUUCUAUUUCCCAACCAAUGUGAACGAUGUGGCCGAAGCAUUCAAAAAGAAUGCUGAAGACCUGCGAACCAGAGCAAGCGGUUUAGCUGACAGUGACGACGAUGAUAACGAGCAGUCGAGCGAUGAAGAGAAUGAAGAUGUUGAAAUGAACGAAGAUGCAUCGGCAAAACCGCAAAGUUCCGAAGAAAUAUCGAAGGAUGAGUCGUUCAUGAAGGAAGUGAUAGAUGCACAAAGUGAUUCCAUCACCGAACAAGCAAAAGAUAAGAGCAAUGGAGGUGGAGAAGAGCCUGUACAGCUGGUAACGACACACACUGAAACUCAACAGGAAGAAACAAUAAAAAUCGUUGUUGAAGAGAGUUCAGAGGAGAAGCCAUUGACGUCACCGCCACGAAAAUCGGCUCGACUCUCGGCAAAACGGCCUGAUUCAGCCGCUGCAGACAGUGAUACUUCUGUUACAACCAAACCAGAAUCACCGGUUCCCAGACGAAGAUCAUUGCGUCGCAGUUCGACCUCAUCUCAGGAUGCCACACCAUUCAAAGCUGAAGAAGAACCGGCCGUUAAGAAGCUGCCAACCAUUGUUGAAACUGGCGAUCAAACUGAUGUCAAUACUAAGGCAACCGCCUCUGGUUCAAUUGCUUUGGAAAAUGAGACUCAAAAGAGUGAAAAGGCAUUAGUCGAUGAAUUAGCCGCGGCAUUUGUCGAAGAGUUUAUUGAUGACGAUGAAUAAAUUUUAAAUUUAAGUUGAAAUUGUUAAAAUGUGAAAUUUACAAUUAAACGGGAAAUUUCCAUUAUUUUCAUAAUAAUGAAA